UUACUUUAACAGGAUCCUCGCUUGUGAACGCGUAAAGUGCGCCGUCUCAUAUCCUACGCCACAUCCUAUAUAUAUGUUGUUUUUGUUUUUUGAUUUUAUCUGGCUAUGAACGUUUACAACCCUGAAAGAGAAAACCCACCACCUAACAACACACACCAAGAGCACAACACUAGAAUGGCCGAGAUUAUGUUUAAAGUAACAGUUAUAUGGAGGGGGAACAAAUUUAUUGUGGGAAUGAACACCGAUGCUUCUGUCAAGGAUCUAGGGGAUGAACUCCAGAAGUUGACAGAUAUCAAGGCAGAUACCAUGAGACUUAUUGUUCCGCGAUUUUCUAACAAAAGCUCAAAGCUGCUGUUUCCUUUCUCAGAUGAACACUCACAGCUAAGCUUGCAAGAAGCUUCCAUUAUGGAGGGAAAGUUUAUCAGAAUGUUGGGAGUGUCUGAAGAUGAAGUUGAUAAAGUUCUACAAAAUGCCAAGGUUGACCUGAGGAUCGCCGGAUUUGAUGAAGAGGAAAAGAGAAUGAGGCAGCGAAUGUCAGAUAGACCUCGUGGUUUGCUUAAACUCCCACAAGGACCUUAUAUCUUUUGUGAUUUUCGCACACUUCAAAUUCCUGGAGUUGAGCUGAACCCCCCCGCUCCAGAGGCUUUGAAAAGGAUGCAUAUGCUUGCUGCGGAUCCUGGAAUUGUUGCUAUAAUGAACAAGCAUCGUUGGCGCAUAGGAAUUAUGACUGAGAUGGCCCCAGUUGGUUAUGUUGGUGUGAGUCCCAAAUGCAUUCUUGGUUUCAAUAAGAAUCAUGGAGAGGAGAUAUCUCUCCGUCUUCGAACUGAUGACCUCAAGGGUUUCAGGAAAUAUGAAAGCAUCAAGAAAACUCUUCUGCAUGAACUUGCUCACAUGCUGUACUCAGAACACGAUGCGAACUUUUAUGCUUUGGAUAAACAGCUGAACCAAGAAGCUGCUAGUUUAGAUUGGACUAAAUCAAGGGGGCAUACCUUGAGCGGAGUCAAUCAUCAAGACCAGGACAGCGAAGACUUCUAUGUUUCAGACAGUAGAAGCUCUUCUGUGAAGCUCGGGGGAAACGUGUCUAAUCAACUGGCUAGUGCCCGCGCAUCUUCUGUGGCUGCUGCUUAUCACCGUUUAGCAGAUGCCUCUUCCAACAGUUUGGGAGCCUCUGAAGUACAUGAAGAACCCGACCCGGAUGAUUCAAUUUUUAACAUGCAUAAAGAACCUGGUGCCAAGGGUCAGGUAGAAAAAGGAAAGGUAGAUAUUGAAAAUCAACAUAAAUCUCAAUGGAAACCUCACCAUCAACCUGAUCCUGAUGAACAUCCUUUUAAUCAAAACAAGAAUGAACCUGAUCCUGAUGAUUCUCAAGGUAAUCACCAUGAGGUGAUGGACAUCCUGAAUGGUGGGAUUCGCCCUGACAAAACCAUUGAUGAACCUGAUCCUGAUGAUUCUCAAGGUAAUCACCAUGAGGUGAUGGACAUCGUGAAUGGUGGGAUUUGCCCUGCCAAAACCAUUGAUGAACCUGAUCCUGAUGAUUCUCAAGGCAAUCACCAUGAGGCGAUGGACAUCCUGAAUAUUGGGAUUUGCCCUGCCAAAACCAUUGACGAACCUGAUCCUGAUGAUUCUCAAGGCAAUCACCAUGAGGUGAUGGACACCCUGAAUGGUGGGAUUCGCGCUGACAAAACCUUUGACGAACCUGAUCCUGAUGAUUGUCUAGUAACUGAAAACAUUGAAGACCAUCUCCAUCUAAAAAAAGCUUAUAAAGAACCUGAUCCUGAUGAAUCUGAAACAAAUCAGGUUGUUCAGGCUGAGCCCGAUCCUGAUGAUGAUUUAGCAGCGUCAGAUGAAGUAUCUAGGAUGCAAAUUGAUGAACCAGAUCCAGAUGAUGAAGAACUACGGAGAAUCCAAGAUCCUGUUAGUGUUGUCUGCAGCCGCCUUCAGAAGGCUACUGAGACACUGAGAGCUGAAUUGAACUCCACAGAAGCAGCGGCAGCUUUGCAAACUCUUUUUAAGAUAAUUAGGAAUGUGAUCGAACACCCAGAUCAGUCAAAAUUCAAAAGACUCAGAAAGGCUAAUCCCAUAAUCCAGAAAAAUGUUGCCAGUCACCAAGCUGCGGUGGAAAUUGUUCAUGUGGUUGGAUUCAGUGAGGAAGUUAGUUAUGAUGAAACUGGGAAGGCUGAUACUUACUUGGUGCUGAAGCGGAAUGAUCCAGGCUUGUUGUGGCUUGCCAAGUCAACCCUUGAAGCAUGCAUGGCCUAGAAGUCAAAUAAGUGUGGAUCCGUGCAAAAAGAAUGAUACUGAAUAAACCCAGAUUGUUGGGGAUACCCUGUAUAAAUUUCUGUGUUGUGUGUAUCAAAAUUACCUCCAGGAUUGUACUCUGGAUCUCCAAGUGACAUAAUUUGUGAAUAAAGCUCCUAUGGAAGUUACCGAGGCCAGAA